GAUUUCGCACUGUUUUGUAAACAUUUCCUCUUUAUUCGUGCCGUGGUUCCGCAGUUCCCUAAUUUCACGUCGAAAACUUCCGCCAAACCGAUGGGAUUCCAGCUCCCGGUGGCAGUGUGCGUAUAAUGAGUGACGGAGCGGCCCCGGUUGCGCGCGACGAAAGUGCCCCUGUAAAGGCCAACGCAGCAGCGAACCGCGGUAAGAACAACAACAGUAAUAACAACUCCAAAAGAUCGGCGGCGCCCACUUCCGGUGGUGGUGGUGGCAACAAAUCGGAUCGUAGUGCUCCGGCGGCACCGGACGGUUCUGCCGGAUCUGGACGCAAGAACAGUGAUCGGCACGUGCUGAAGAAACGGGUUCUGCCAAAGUAUUACACGCGGGAGAACGACAUCUACGUGACGUACAAGUCGGACUUUGUGUUGCAGUUCAAGCGCUGUCUAGAGAUAUUGAAUUCGUCCAUCGGAGAGGUGUUCCUGCACUGCACGGGUCGCGCCAUCAACCGCGGCAUCAAUCUCGCCCUCAAAGUUAAGGCAGAAUAUCCGGACGCUUUUGAUUACGAGGUCAACACUUCCACGAUAACCGUAACUGACGAUCUCCACCCGCUAAAGGACGACGAUGAUUUCGGCGAGCAGCGCCGAAUGAACUCCUGUCUGCACGUCCGACUGUAUCGUACCGUUAAGCUGAAGCCGGCCAGCACCGGCGCGGCCUAAACCUCCCACCAUUCAUCCCG